AUGGUCUGGCAGUUAUGGGACAGAAAGAGCUUGGGAGAAAUCAUGGCCAGUUGUCAACCAUGUUACCAGUCUGAGGACCAGAGCCCCCAGCCUAGCUCCUCAGGGUACCCCUUGGAGGCGGUGGUGGAUGAAGAAAGCCCGGGGCCAUCAGCCCCCUGGGUAGACCCCUGCCCCCUGCCUCAGUCCCCCGGAAGGAAGAGGAGAAGGGACAAGUCAGAUGAGGAGACAGCCUCCGGGGCUGAGGACAUCUGGGUCGCGGAGACACUGUGUGGACUCAAGAUGAAGUUGAAGAGACAGCGGGUGUCUUCAGUGCUCCCUGAGCACCACGAGGUCUUCAACAGGCUGCUCGAGGAUCCUGUCAUUAAAAGAUUUCUGGCCUGGGACAAAAAUCUGAGAGUAUCCGACAAGUAUCUCCUGUCUAUGGUCAUAGCAUACUUUAGCCGUGCUGGUCUAUUCUCCUGGCAGCACCAGCGAAUUCAUUUCUUCAUAGCACUCUACCUGGCCAAUGACAUGGAAGAGGAUAACCAGGCCCCCAAACAGGCCAUCUUUUCAUUCCUCUAUGGGAAGAACCGCUCCCAGCGUCCCUUGUUCCACAAACUGCGAUUCCAAUUCAUCCGAUCCAUGGGCUGGAAGGCCAGGGUGUCCCGGGAAGAGUGUGAAGAGAUCCAGGCUUUUGAUCCAGAGCUGUGGGUAUGGGGGCGAGAUCGCACCCCUGUGCCCUAG